UUCUAGGUUGCAAAAUAUCAAUCGAAAUGUUUAUUCGAAGAAUAAUAUAUGGAUUGUUUGAGAAUCGCGCAUAAAAUUGUUAUACACUUUCUAAAUAUAUUUGAAUUGUAUUAUCUCUUUUUUUCUAAUUAAUUUUAUCAUGACAAAGGAUCAAUUGUUCACGAUUAGAAAUGAGCAGGCAAUACCGAUAAAUCCAUGCGAUUGUGCGAGCCAAGGCGAUACAGUAUUCAAUUUAAAGAAAUAUAGUCCCUAUUUCGACAAGAUUCGAGCACUUUUUGUGCCUAGUCUGACAUAUAGAUUCCAGUCCUUAUUGGAGCAUUUCGUGUAUAAUACAAAUUCUCGAUGGGCUAAGCAGUUUCCAUGUUUCAAGAAAUUCGUCGAUAUAAUAAUUAUGUGGAAAGAUCCUUUGAACAGAGUCGUUGAAUGUGAUAUCAGCACGGUGGAAGAAAUUAUGAAAAAUACCAUCAAACGCAUAAUAAAGGAUGAUCUGAUCGUCUGUUUUCUGGACACUGUCAUUUUACACCAUAGAUUGAAAAAAGUUUGCGAGGAAUUAAACAUGUUAGGCAUCAAAAACAAUAUUUUAAAAAACUUGAAUGUAUGGAAGUUUGUCAACGAGCAAGACUAUUUAAAUCGCAAUUGCUUCAUGUAUGUUAUGUAA